AUGGCGUGUCCCACUGCCUUUGAGCGACUGGUUUCUGUGAUACAUCAGCUUCUCACUCCCACAGCAAAUGGUUCUGAAUUGCUGUCGACAGUACACGAAGCAGAGUUUGCAGGUGCAAAGGUGCUUCCUGAUGGAGUAAACAUUUCCAAAGAAGCUCGGAGUGCCAUAUCUCGAGCAGCAAGUGUGUUUGUGCUCUAUGCAACAUCAUGUGCAAAUAACUUUGCCAUGAAGGGGAAGAGGAAAACACUGAAUGCUAGCAAUGUUCUUUCUGCCAUGGAGGAAAUGGAGAGAUUUUUCUGUCCAUGA